UGCUCUGGCCUCCUCUGGAGGACUGUACUGUCUCCACGGCUGUGAUGAUGUGGAUCCCAUGCAGGCAAUCGCAUCCUCAGAGAACAUGAGUGUUUCUGUGACGUUCUUCCGGCUGUUCCGUGUGAUGCGUUUGGUGAAACUGUUAAAUCGAUCUGAAGGGAUCCGGAACCUUCUGUGGACCUUCAUCAAGUCCCUGCAGGCUCUUCCUUACGUGGCCCUCCUCAUCCUCAUGCUAUUCUUUAUCUAUGCUGUGGUCGGAAUGCAGAUUUUUGGAAAGAUUGCGUUGGUUGAUGGAACGUACGUCAACAGAAACAACAACUUCCAAACGUUUCCUCAGGCUGUGCUGCUGCUGUUCAGGUGUGCUACAGGUGAGGCCUGGCAUGAGGUCAUGUUAGCCAGUAUGUACGGGAAGAAGUGUGACCCCAAGUCAGACUACCAGGCGGGCGAGGAGAACACCUGCGGGUCCAACUUCGCCAUCAUCUACUUCAUGAGCUUCUACAUGCUGUGUGCUUUCCUG